CAUCGGCACACAGGCAUGUUCUGUGUGCGCGAUUCAGUUGUAAACAAGAAUCGUCAGAGCGACGUUCACGUUACCGUUCCGCCUGGAAAGUGCGCGCGCUCGUGGUGUGCACAGCACACAUUCGACCAGAUUGUUUGUAAAGUUUCCAACUUUGUUUGGACGCAAGUUUCCAAUUUGUUGACAAAAUACUAAUUCUGCAUUUGAUUGGGCCUGGGAUUAACGACGCCUUGUGUGCAUGGCGAACCGGUGGAUAAAAUAAUGCUGGUGUGUCAUUCAGCGAUGGGCAGCGUCGGCGGCGGGAAGCUGGGCAAGGCCCGUCUGCCGCGCGUCAUCUCCGAGAUCCGAAAAGCCGCCGACCCAGUGCGCGACAAUUUCAUCCAGUUUCGGCCGAAAAUCAGUGCUGAUUUAUUGGUACUCAUCGGAUCAGAUCCACGCUGGCAACCACGUCGGGUGCAGGUCCGCGCUGGACAGUUGCAGCUCAGCCCCGUCCAGGGAUGCUUCUCCCUUGCGAAGCAGAACGACCUGGGCACCCGCAUUCCAUUGCGGCACUUAAGUCUUCAGGCCGGCUCGACACCGAACAGUCUGGCGCUGGUGCGCGGCAAGACCAUUCUUCUGACGUUGCAGACACCAGAUGAACGCCAAUUCGACCUAUGGGUAAAACUAAUCGCAAUCGAAAUCAUCCGUCAAACUCCCUUAGAAGAUGUGAAGUACCUCGAUGUCUUCUCGCUAACAACCAAAGAACCAACCACAUCCACCGUCGUCAAACCAGUGCAACCAUCAAGUGAUCAAACCAACCCCGUGGAAACUUCAAUAUUUCAUUCUGAUGAUGCUUCUUCAUCGUCAUCAUACUCCCCAGAUUCGACCGCCUCUUCCGAGUCAUCAGUCUGCACCACGUGCAAGCCAGUCAUCCACUUCGACGAGUGGGACGUCAAUAAGAACAUCGUCAACGUGAACAACAACAUCGUCACCGCAAAGAGCGGUUACGCCGACACCGUCGAAGUGCUUCUGAAGAAAUGUCAGAGCAGCGAGAGCUACGUGCCUGUCAAAGAGAAGCUGAUGCUCUUUGAGUCCCUGUGCCGUAUUGGUCGUGGCCGCAGCUCCGAGGAUGUCUCCAUGGCUCGCCUGGCCAUCGUCGGUGUAUCAAAACGCACUCGCUCCUUGCACGAUCUUACCUACUGCUUUACCAGCGGUGGUGUACGUGAAAUCUGCAAGUAUUUCGAGACGAAGAGCGAAGAUGGCGGCGGCGGUGGCGGCACGCAAGUUGCCAAGCACAUUAAGCGUCUAGUGCACUCGGACACCAGCCUCAAUAAGGUGGUGUUCAACAGGCACUUCGACGGCGUGUCAUACGCAUAAUCACUACUAUUCAAAUUAUCCAUGCACAUCAUUAAUCCAUUCAAUUGUUGUUAAUUAAAUAAUUAAUUUUUGCGCAACAAUCUGUUGUUGUUGAUAACUAUUUAUGAAUGUAAGUUGAUUCAUUAUCUAUCGAGCUAAAUAUUCAAAGCUACAAUGGCCAAAGGCAAUCGUGUGUUUAUGUUUUGUAAUAUUGUAAUUCUAAUUGUUAAAAUGUACUUAAUUGCAAGCGCAAAUAUAUUAUCAAACAUGUAAAUGUAACAUUCAUAGUAAUGUAUAAUGCCAAUAAAUAAAAAAUAUUUUUGUACAUGCCA